GAAACCAUUCCUCCUGUCCCCGAUCCACGCAGAGAUGUCAUCCAUAAUGAUUCCAAAGUAUUCAAUGACGGGUCCAUUCAAAGGACACAGGAGUAUAAAAAGCAGCCCAUUGUUUCCCGGGUCUUCAUGUUCUCUAUCAUCUCAGUUCCUCAUACAAGACCACAUGUCUACACACUACCGAAAGCUCAAUUCUGCAAAAGCGGCUGUCGAUACAUCUGCACCAAGAAGCUUAUCCAGCAGCAUUAAAUACAGAGAUCAGCAGAACAGAGAACGCCUGCUCAGAGCUGUUGAAAAAUUCAAUAAAGAACUUCAGGAGAUUUGUUCAACAUCUCGUUAUCAUUCGCGGAGUAAUUUCCCAGAAGAAGACACGGUUCGAUAUGGACACCACAAACCCCACGUGAAUCAAACGGAAAAACUUUCAGAUGUGCACAAGACAAGAUCUCAGAUUUACUCCCCGGCUGUCACAGUCAGAGAAGUCAUGGGCCAUAUUGAGAAGGAACCUUGUGAUGUGAACGUCAGAACUUUUACGAAUCGAAGUCCGCCCAGGAAGAAACCCUAUAAAGACCCCCUAAAGAAAACCUACAGCGGAGAUCUCCUGGACAAACACCCUGCAAGCUUCACGAGCACCAACGAGCCUUUCAAGCCAAGGUUACUCAAGAAACCCUCCAAGUCCUUUGUGUCAAAUUACAAGUAUUAUACGGCUCCUAGGAAGAAGAGUUCACGAAGAACAUCAUCAGGGCAGGUCCACCUUCAAGACAAGAGGUCACUGGAAAAGUGCAGUCACACAACACAAUCAAGGGCAGAAAAACAGGGAAAUAUGGUGGAAAGAACAAGAAAAGAAGACUUGAAGUAUCUCCGUUUUCUUGAAGACCUCACCAAUGACAUAAUACAACGAGGCUGCAGGUCCCAUAGUGCCAUGGAGCGCGUGUUUCAAGAUCACCUUCACCGAAAGCAAUCAAACAUCGAUAAUCUGAAGAAGGAGAUCCUGGUGGAGGAACUCCGAGAUGAACUAGAAAGGAGCGUGAAGUUAGACUUUUCCAUCAGCUAUGAUGGGACACAAUACGGCUCGGGAAAUCUUCCUCUGCAGCGAAACCUCAACAGACUCCUGACAGAACCGUGACAACUUGUAAUGUCUUAGCAACAGUCCCACGGACUAUAUCCUGCAUCAGAUACGGAAAAUUCCAUCCACAAUGUACUAGAUUUUCUUCUUAAAGGCCUAUGGACACGUCUGGGCCAAUUUUCUUUUGUUAUGAUUGCAUUUUACUCA